UUCCUCCAUAACAUUGACGGGACCGAUUUAUUUCUAUUGGGCCAAUACGGGGCCAUACAAUUGUUAUAGUUUUGGAUUUUAUUUUUAUUUUAGUGUUAAGAAAACGAAGAGAUAGAGAGAGGUGUAAAAUAUUAAAGCUGCAACGGUAACCAGAGAAAGCCACGUGCUGUGCACAUCAACCGCAUAUCUGGCUGAUGUAACGUUAAUUCCAACGGUUACAUUCCUUCUUCUCCUUCCCUUUUUUCUCUCUAACCAACAAACACCACACUCUCUCUGUAUAUCCUCUUCUCUCUAAUGGAGCCUGCUCAGAUUGACUGGAACCGAAUAGAUUCUCGUUUUGUUGAAGACGUCUUCUACGAAAACCUCCGAGCUCCCAAAUGGUUCGACUUCUUGUCCCCUAACAACCAUUUACAAGAAGACUCCAUUGAUGACGACGACGCUUGGUUCUGCAAACCUGAUUGUAAUCAUCCCAAGAGACCUGAGGACUUCCUCUUAACGCCCAACUCUUCCAAGUUGAAACAGACUCCAGGAGUUACAGAACAGAAUCAGAGGAGAAGAGGAGAUAGUGAAAAUCAUGAUCCAAACUUAGUAGCAACGCCUUCUUCAAGCCAACAAGCAAAUAAAUCAUGGCGAGGAGUACUAAAAUCAACUUCGGUUAAGAAGAUGAGUAAAGAGACACCAAAACUAAAGAGCACACAAUCCGCUAGGAAUCUGUUUCCAGGGAGAGACGUAUUUGGACAUAUCUCUGAGUUGUGCUAUGAGUUGAAGAGAUUUGCCACAAGGGUAGUAACUGAGAGAGAAGAUGCUACUGUGAAGUCUCAAGUGAAGGAGACUCAUCAUCAAGUUCAUGAGUUGGAAUUGAAAAAGGAAAGAAAGCCAUUGCUUGAAGUAAGCAAAGACAAAGAGAAGGUUCAUGAAUCAACGGAUAAUAAAGGAAACACAUUUAAAGAGAUUCGUAGAAGAAAGAAGAGAGUGGAUGAUGCAGAGAACAUUCCCGUUUCUCUUAAUGUGGAGACUGUAGAUAAGAUGAAAGGAGAGAAGUGUAGAAGAAAGAAGCCAGUGGUUGAUGCAGAGAACAUUCCUCCUACACCUCUAAAACUGGGGGAUGUAAAGAGCAACAAAGGACACGAGAGGUUGCUUCAGAUCAGAACAAACCCACCAUCUCCUCAAUGCUUCUCAGAGAAUAAGACAGCUUCUUUGAAGGCCUUGAAGACCAGACCAACGGAAAAAGAGAAAGAAACAGCAGCAGAGGAGAAGAGAAGAGACAUCAUCAACAAGGAGGGAGGAGGGAAGGGUUUGGACGUUCUCUGGUUCUUUAAGCCUUGCACAAUGGCCAACUAAAAACCAAUUCUUUUCUAUUCAUUUUUUUUUAAUUUAAUUUCAUUAUAUUUCAACUUGUAACUAACAAGAAGAUGAUGAUCUUGCUCAUAUACAACAUGUAAUUCAUACAAU